AUGGCAACUUCGUCAAGCAAGCCGGUGGCUACGAAGAAAUUAACGAACCAGGAAAUUCAAGCAACGUUCAAUCGAUUUCAGAAUGAACUCCAAACGCUGGCGCAGAAGAUCGGUGAGCUGGAAUCCGAAGCAGAGGAGCAUGAGCUCGUCCUUGCCACAUUAAAUGAAGCGUUACAGAGGCAACCCGAUCGCAUAUGUUUUCGGCUUGUUGGGGGUGUGCUUGUUGAGAGAACAGUAAAAGAUGUCGUUCCCGCACUCAAAACAAACAGGGAUGGGAUAAAGCAGGUCCUUACAAACCUCAUUGGUCAAUACAAGGGGAAAGAAGGGGAAUUUAAUGCCUUCACGGGGGAGUAUAAUAUAAAAGCAGUUCCAGGACGGUGAUGGUCCGAGCUUUUGCUGUUCACAUAGUCAAGUGGGGGACGAUUCAAGCUGGAGCUUUUAAUGCGAAGUAUUGUAUUAAGUGGAUAAUAAACUCGCGAAAGAUGAACCAAGUGUGUUUUGGGAGUGA